AUGCAGAAAAAGUAUUUCAACCAGAACAAAGGAAAAACAGUUGUUUUAGCAAUUUGAAUGGCCAUUUUGGUCGAGUUAUGCAUGGCUACCUUCUCUUUCGGAUGUAUGGAAGGGUAUUUUGAGCAAGGAGAUCAAUGAAUUCCGUGUGAUAGUUCAUGAAGGAACUGAAGUGAUGCAAACUCUUGAGAUGUUUGAGAGCCUUAUAUGUUCAAAAAUUUAAACUCCGGAUUGUGUGAAUUUUGAGAUCAAGAGCAAUAUUACAAUAGAAUCACAGGCGCUUGCGAAUCUUGUGAAAACUCGUGUAUCGAUGAAUGUAAGCACAGUCCAAGUUGAUUAAAUUGCCCUCCAGAACAGUUUAUGGAUUUAGAGAGUCUGAGCUGAAUUGAUAGCUGAGAUUCUGAUCAAAUUGAAAUAAACUCAGAGCAUCUUAGCUAUGUAGCAAUAUGAAAAUAAUCCUGAAAUUUUUAUUGAUCAUUUCAGCUCAGAAAUUCUUGAACUGGGAACUCUAAGAUAUCCUUACAGGACGAUGAAAUCAGCUGCAUCAGAGAUUCUAAAUUACUACAGUCAUACAAAUCUGAGCAUCACAGUUUACACAAAGCAUGUUUACCUUGAAACUGACACGUUCUAUAUUCUAAACAUGACAUCCAUUAGACUCCAGCCUCAUCCAGAUUACCAGAACUCCCAGGACCCCUCAAGCUUUCUUAAUGCUCGCUUGAUAAUUACUCCAGUCGCCCAAGCAGGAAUCUCCAAGAAAGCCAGAGUCCAUCUUCAAAAAUCCGUCAGUACUGAUCCAGCACCUCUUCUCAGCCAAGGUUUUUAUACCGAAGAGGAAACCCAGUAUUUUAGUAAAAGUAAAUAUGGGCUGGUCUUCUCCAGGACGGAGUUCCACAUAACCAAUAUUGACAUAUACGGCAUUGGAGUCGCCAUCAACAUACUCCCCUUGUAUUUGCAGGAGAAGGAAGCCAGGAUAGAAAAUGCCAAUUUUGAUACGACAGGAAAAGGAAUCUAUCCCAUUAGUCCAGCUAAUAUUCGAGUUGAAAAUAUUACUUGUAACAUGAGAGAUGAAUUCAUUUGGAUUGAAACAUCCAUGGCAGUUUGAAAUUAUCCUGAAGCAGUCACCAACAAUUCACUCUAUGCGAAAAAUAUAAGUGAUAGUCCAAGUCUUUCUAGCUCAAGCGAGAAUUCUAAUGAAGCUAGAUACGGGACAAUGAUAAUCUUGAGUUUUCCUGGCAAUAAUAGCUUGAUAAACAUUGAUUGAAGAAAAGCAUAUGCAAAUCCUUUUACACUCUCAAGUUGUUGGAUAGUAGCUACUAGUCCAAACUGUGUCCCUGAAGAUGAUUUAUCAACCCAGACAGUCUUCAAUCACACUUACCAUGAUGGGUUAGCAGUUCAGGAGUCAGGUGGCUUCAUUUAUCUUCCUACUUUUCUGAUUCACUAUCCUCCUUAUAGAAAGAUAAAUGUUUUUGUAGAGAACACUCAUAUUUCCAAUCUAAACUGGAUAUCCUCCUAUGGACUGUUUUAUUUCUGGCUAAGUGGAAGAGAGACUGUACAUUUGUCAAACUUCUUUUUCAACAAUGUCACCAAUAUUCCUUUCCUUUUCCAAGUGCUUAACUAUGAGAGUUUGACAGCUGAUAAUAUUUAUUUCGAGCAGAACAUCAAUCUUAGAGGAAAAAUAUUUGAAGUCUCUUCUCAAGGAAAUUUUAGCAUCAACAGUCUAUUUCUAACCAACUACACAAAUGCAGGAGGAAAUGCGAUAUCUCCCAUUGAAAUCAUUCCGGGGCCUGCAACAGACAUCACUCUUAGUGAAAUUAAGAUGAACUCAUUCCAACUGUUCGAUGUUCCUUUCUUAAAUGUGCUUGGUACUGCUAAUGAACUUACCAUCAAAGACUCAUUAUUGGAUGGUGUCCAGUUCGCAUCAGAAGGAUCUUUGUUUUAUGCACAGGGUUUGAACUCUUUCUCAAUGACGAAUCUUACCGUUUGAAACACAACAUCUGUAGACUCUUCAGAUCGUAAAUCGGUCUUACUCAAUAUUGCAGCAUUGAACAUUGGGUCUGUGCAGAGUGCAAACAUCAGCGAAAUCCAAAUUCAAAACUCUUCGGUCUCUCUUUUCAAGAUAAACACUUUUAUAAACCACACAGACGAACUAAGAUCCUUUGACAUCCAAUCAAUCAGGUAUUUUGACAGUCAAAUUUCUACGAAGAGAGCGUUGAUAUCAACUCAAAGAAUCUCAGCAGCUUCCAACUUUUCAAUCAGAAUGUCUGAGCUGAUUUUUGAGAAUAUUGAAUUCACAGUUUCAGGGUCUCUACUAGAAAUGAUGCAUCAUCUGCCAACCAAUGUCACUUUGCAAAAUUCAGGUUUUACUAACAUUACAUCAGGAGCAAUCAAUAUUGAAGGCAGCAAGCAAAGUGAAGAUUUAAGCACUCAGGUUUUAAUAAGCAACUGCUCAUUCAUGAAUGUUGAGUCUUCUUCUAACUCCUUUAUUGCGAUAAGUCAGAAUGCAGCUGUUGAGAUCCAUGGAAGUUUCUUUACAAAUCUGACUCUCACCACAUUUUUAUCAGGCAUGAUGCAUAUCUAUGAUGGAGCCAGAGUUACUAUGACACAAUCGAACUUCACACAUAAUUCAGCAGCAAUAGCCUCAAUAGUGAAGAUAGAGUCAGAAGCACUGGUGGUCGUUGACACCUGCAAUAUUCAUAACAAUUUUGCAGUUACCAACGGAGUGUUUGAAGCUUCUUCUUUUGGAACAAUUAUUAUCAAAAAUAGUAAAAUUUACAAUAACUAUGCUAUCCAAUAUCCAGUGGGAACUGUAUUCCUCAGUGUAGAUCCUUCGGAGAUCAUAAAUACAGAAAUCUAUGAGAACAAACUGAUCACUAGAUUAAAUAUUUCAAGCGAAAUUUCUGAUGCUUGUGUGAACUUGUGAUUUUUGCAUCAAAGAAUGAAAGACUACCUCAAUAUUACAAAUUUGAAUGAUACAACAGAACAAAGUUACUUAUUCCAGGUUCUACAAGGAAGUUUAAAUGUCCUCGACCUAACUCAUAUUCACGAUGAGAAUAUAGUUCUCAAGUCUUUCUUGUCUAAUGUUCAAAUAAAAAGAGCUAGAUUUACUAAUAUUCAGUAUUCAUCUUCUCCAUUAAAUAUCCUUGACUCAGAUUUCACGAUCGAGCAUACAGAAAUAAAUGGAACUCAAACAAAUUCAAUUCAGGAGAGCUUUAUAAUUGCUAAUUCUGCAGUUAUCUCUAUCAGCAACAUGAGCUAUGUUAAUUCAAAUUCUCAGAUGAUACUUUCAGCGAAUUCUCACCUUGAAAUUGCAAAUGUUCAGUUCACAAAUAUAUCUGAAUGCUCUUAUCUAAUGUCCAUGGUAUUGUGUAAUUGGCUUUCAUUAGAAAAUGUGAAUAUUGAAGCUUCAACUACGAAAGAAUCUGUGAUGGUGUACGCUCAUGAUACAUCGAACAUAACUAUAGAGCACAUUAGCCUAGCUAAUAUUAAUUCUACCUUUGCUUAUUUCAAAGAUUCUCAAAUAUUAAGUAUUAGAGAUCUGAACAUCUCAAACAUGAAUCAAGCUUUUCGUUUAGUUGAUAGUGAAAUUGAAAUGAUGGCUGACUCUAAGUUUACCAAUAAUUACUCAAACAGCUCAGGAGGGGCGAUAUCAAUGCUUAAUUCAAAGAUCUCAAUUGAAAACUCAUCUUUCAUUGAAAAUUCAGCUAAUAAAGGAGGGGCAAUAAUGUUUGGAUGUACCAGCAUGAAUGUAUGUGAACUUAAUGUAACUAACUCUACAUUUGACAGUAACAAAGCUGUGGUUCAAGGAGGAGCUAUUUCUUACGAUUAUAAUAUCCCGAAAAUAACAAAAACUAACUUUCAAAACAAUUCAGCUGCAUAUGGUCAAAACUACGCAAGCUAUCCAGCAAGGAUUGGGUAUAAGGACAGCAACAAUAACGAUAUUUCAAUUAAAGAAAUUGCUUCUGGAAUCAAAGUCCAGGAAGGUUUAGAACUAGCCUUGUUUGAUUUUAACGAUCAAAUCAUGGUACUUGACAAUGAAAGCCAAAUUCUGAUUCUGCCUUUAAACUCGUCAAUAUCAUCGGUCAGUGGGACAAAUGUUGUAACUGUUCAAGAAGGAGUCGCAAUUUUUGAUAAUAUUGCCUUUGAAGUAGAUCAAAAGUUGAGAGAUUCUGACUACAAAAUCACAUCGAAAUCGAUAGAUUCAAGUAAGAUCAAAGAAGUAAAGAGAAACAGCUUUCAACAGAAGGAUCUCGAAGUAAAAUUUAGAGAUUGAGAGCCUGGAGAGAGGAUUCUUGGUAAUAAGUGAGAAGUAUGAGCAGCUGGAACAUAUUCUCUUAGUUACAAUUCCACAGAAUGAACUGAGUGAGACUUAGAAGCUGAAUGCCAUGGAGGGACAGAAAUCUUUCUUAAACCUGGUUUCUGGCGAAGGUUUCAUAACACAACAAAAAUAGUAGAAUGAAUCAAUAAAGACGCCUGAGAGGGUAAAUAUCUGGCAGAAUCAAUUUCUCCUUCUGUCUGAGCAGAAGGAUAUACUGGGAACCUGUGAGCCCAAUGACUUAUCACUGAUGAAUUAAAAUACGAGAGAGUUAAUGAUUAUGAAUGAAGAAAGUGUCCACAUGCUUUGUGGAAUGCUAUACAAGUAAUAGGAACAAUUCUUAUAGUUUUAAUGUUCUACAUUUUAUUGAUCAUCAUUAAUGUGAGAAAGACUUCUGAAAGCCGGCUUUCAGUCACAAUAAGGAUACUUACCAACUAUCUGCAGCUUAUCACUGUUUCAACAUCAAUCAGUAGUAAUUAUGGAGGGCUGGUAUCGGUGACAGCUCCGAUAAAAAUAUUUGGAGGGUCUGCAAAUGUGUUUCUCUCUUUUGAUUGCUUUUUGGAGGAUGCCCAAAUAAAGUUCUUCUUCGACUCAAAUGCUAUUUUCAAAUUAUUCUUACUAUUCUUCCUGCCUAUCAUUCUUUUCCUGGUUGUUUGAGCCAUAUGGGCCUGAGUCUAUGUUAUCAAGAAAAAGUGGGUUCCUGAUUUCAAAAGAAACAUCAUUAUUUCUUUUAUUACUAUUGUCUUCCUUCUUCAUCCUAAAUUAACUGAGAACAGUAUUAGUCUCCUCAGAUGAGCUGAGCUAGACGAGGAGCAUAGUGUCGUAAGAAUUGACACAACCAUCGAGUGAUUCUCCUUUGAGCAUAUUAAGUGGAUACUUAUUGUAUCUGGACCAAUACUUCUGAUAUGGGUGAUAGCCUGCCCAGUCCUUGCUCUAUUGAUGAUAUACAUGGGUAAACGAAACCCCAAGUAUGCUAAAGUCUCUGAAUAUUUUCUAAUGAUUUACCAAGGACUAAAGCCUAAUGUGAUGUACUGGGAGUUUGUCAACACUUUGAGGAAAAUAAUUAUUCUGAUAUCUCUUUUAUUCUCAACUACAGUGACAGUGUUUAUAUCUCUCGUUACGUUGAUAGCUACAGCAAGGAUCCAGAUCUAUCUGAGUCCUUAUAAGAAUAUAGAGCACUCUCAUGUAGAAUAUUUAGCAAUAAUGUCAGGAGUCAUAACUGUUGCUGGUGGGUUACUUUACUCACAAGAUGACAAGCAUAAUACUCUAGAUUUUUGUAUCUUUAUUGCUAUUGUUACGAUCAACUUUAAAUUUUUAGUUGAGUGGCUGCACCUUGCUUUAUCAAUUUAUAAGAAAAAUAAAAUUGUGGAAUUUGUUUUAAAACUCACAACUGUAAUACUCUGUAAAAAGGAAGAAAACCCUCCUGAUACAGAAAAGGUUUCGAAAGAGAAAUUAGAGGGACCAUCAAUUUCAAAAGAUAGUUCUCCAGACAGGACUCCAGAGGUUUCCAAAAGAUUGAUCAGACCUAAAAUGAAAAAGUCUAAAAAAAGACAUCUUAGAAGAAAGAAAGCAAAAAGGAGGUUCCAAAAGUUUAUGGAAAAUGAACAACAGGAGAACGAUCAAGAAGGUCUACAGGGCGGAAUCACUCCGACAAAUGAUCACCGAAAUCCGAUAACCACGGGUAAGAGAAUGCUAGACCAUACACCCAACUUCGAUGAAUACCAAGAGGAAAUUUUCACUCCUAAUGCAGCACUUAUCCACUUCCACCCUAAAAUCCCUAGUUCCAGAAGACACAACAACUAAUGCACUCAAUAAUAAAGUUAGAUUAACAACUUUGCUAAUUUA